AUAGGUAAAUAGGUUUCUACUAUGCUUAUACUGGUUUCUACUAUUGGUUUAUACUAUAUGACAGAAAUAGUAACACUAUUUGUGGCUAAGUUUUCAAAAAAAAAGUUUUCAUACCAACGCUUUUCUUAAUCUUCCAUAACAGGGUAAAUUUUGAGGUAAUAUUUGAAGAACAAGAAUAGAGGUCUUCCAAAGAGAUAACCAAGUGGAUACUAGACUAACAAAACAAGGUAAUCAGACUCCACUGACCUGUUUAACCCUGAAUGUGAAGGAUGAAAAGCAGCAGCCUUUUCCUGUGAAACAGUGCUUCAGCAAUCUUGGUAAUGCACAGCUAAGAUGACUGAACAAAGGCAACGUGCUUUGUCAACAUCAGGAGAAGCAUUGUAUCAAAUUCUGGCUGUGGAGAAAGGGGCAACACAUGAAGAAAUUAAGAAAUCCUACAGAAAAUUGGCUCUGAAAUAUCAUCCUGACAAGAAUCCUGACAAUCCAGAUGCAGCAGAAAAAUUUAAAGAGAUCAACAAUGCUCAUGCCAUUCUGACUGACCUGUCCAAGAGAAACAUCUAUGAUAAGUAUGGAUCAUUAGGGCUGUAUGUGGCAGAACAAUUUGGUGAAGAAAAUGUUAACACAUACUUCAUGCUUUCAAGCUGGUGGGCAAAGGGCCUAUUUGCAGUUUGUGGCCUCUUGACCGGCUGCUACUUUUGCUGCUGUCUGUUCUGCUGUUUCAACUGCUGCUGUGGGAAGUGUAAACCCAAAGCACCAGAAGGUGAAGAUAAUGAAUUCUGUGUGUCUCCUGAGGAUUUGGAAGAGCAAAUUAAGACAGACAUGGAAAGAGAUGGAGAAACUCCAAUUAUACUCCAGCCGACAAAUGCAAAUGAGAAAACUCAGCUAAUUGGGGACAGCCACCGUAGCUAUCACACAGACUCAUAAACCGGGAGCAAACACAGUCUAACUGCAGUUUCCAGAUGUGCUGUCUGAGAAGGAAUGUCCUAGAAAAGAACAGUGAAAAGCAUUGUAU